CUGAGUCUUCGAUCGAGCCGGAGUGGGAGUCGAGGGGAGUGAGCGAGCAUCACAGUUCACCAGUUUAGAUGGACUCAUCUGUAUGCGUGAAAGUCGAGCAUCCUCGAGCAUCCUAGCUGUGCUGUCCUAUUCCGGCGUCCUUAGCUGUGAGAGGUACCCGAGCGAGAUUGCAAAGUGUCAUCUGGACUCUUGGUCCGGACCCUCAACUAAGUGCGAUCCUCCAUCAUCAUAUUUAUUUGCCGGACUGGGUGGUCCUGGUCAAGGGGCCUUUACCACCUUUACCAGGGUAACCGCUUGGCUCCAAAUUCCUGUUGCAUCCAGCAGGAGAGGCAAGGAAGGCGGGCGAGCUGCGUGCGCUGCGCUGUGCAGACCCACCGAUCCGAGCAUCGCCCUCAUCGCCGUCAUCAUCCUCAUGGCAGAUAAUCUGUGUGAAGCCCUAGGGAAGCUGAAGCUGGCAUCGGCAGACAGCGCUGCCGACAGCAUGGAGGGAUGCUUGGACUGCCUGCUCAAAGCCCUCACCCACAACAAUGCAGAGGCCAGUGAAAAGAUCCGAGAUGCCGGUGUUCUCGACCUGUUUUCUGCCUUGCUGGCCCCAAAAUCCCCCUGCGCGCCCAAAGUGGCCAACAUCGUAGCCGAGGUGGCUAAAAACGAGUUCAUGCGGAGCCCCUGUGUGGGUGCCGGCCUCCUGCCACCCCUGGUGCAGCUGCUCCGCAGUGAGGACCAGGAUGUGCUACUCCAGACGGGGAGGGCCCUUGGCAACAUCUGCUAUGAUAGCCACUCCUUACAAGCAGAGCUGAUCAGCAUGGGCGUGAUCCCAACCCUGGUGAAACUGCUCGGCAUCCACUCCCAGAAUCCUUCGCUGACAGAGAUGUGCCUGAUCGCCUUCGGGAACCUGGCUGAACUAGAGUCCAGCAAGGAGCAGUUUGCCUCUACAAACAUAGCAGAGGAACUGGUGAAACUCUUCCAGAAGCAGGUGGAGCACGAGAAGAAGGAGAUGGUCUUUGAAGUCCUUGCCCCCCUGGCCGAGAAUGACACUAUCAAACUGCAGCUGGUGGAGGCAGGGUUGGUGGAGAGCCUGUUGGAGGUGGUGGAUCGAACGGUGGAUGGGGAGCGGGAGGAGGACAUGGCCGAGCUCAAGACCGCCUCGGACCUCAUGGUUCUCCUGUUGCUGGGAGAUGAGUCCAUGCAGAAGCUCUUCGAAGGAGGCCAGGGCAGUGUGUUCCAGAGGGUGCUCUCCUGGGUGCCAUCCCACAACCACCAGCUGCAGCUCGCCGGGGCGCUGGCCAUCGCCAACUUUGCCCGCAACGAUGGAAACUGCAUUCACAUGGUGGAAACGGGCAUUGUGCAGAAGCUGCUGGAUCUGCUGGAGCGGCACGUAAACGAGGGCAACGUGACAGUGCAGCACGCCGCACUCAGUGCCCUGAGGAAUCUGGCCAUCCCCGUGGUGAACAAGUCUAAAAUGCUGUCGCUGGGAGUGGCGGAUGUCGUGCUGAAGUUCCUCCCAUCGGAGAUGCCGCCAGUGCAGUUCAAGCUGCUGGGGACACUGCGGAUGCUCAUAGACACGCAGGCGCAGGCGGCAGAGCAGCUGGGCACCAACCCCACACUGGUGGAACGACUCACAGAGUGGUGUGAAGCCAAAGACCACGCCGGGGUCAUGGGGGAGUCCAGCAGGCUGCUGUCUGCGCUCAUCCGACACAGCAGGUCCAAGGAUGUUGUUAGGACGGUCAUCCAGGGAGGAGGAGUGAAGCACCUGGUAAACAUGGCGACAAGCGAGCAUGUGAUUAUGCAGAACGAAGCCCUCGUGGCCCUGGGACUCAUGGCGGCUUUGGACUUGGGUCUGGCUGAGAAGGACUUUGAAGGAACCCGCCUUGUGCAAGUGCUCCACAAGCUGCUGUCAGAUGAGAGGAGCGCCCCAGAGAUCAAGUACAACUCCAUGAUCCUCAUUUGCGCCAUCAUGGGCUCUGAGCCCCUCCACCAAGCUGUGCGGGGCCUCGCCUUCCUGGACGUGGUGGCCAAGCUUCGGGCACACGAGAACCAGACGGUGGCGCAGCAGGCCUCGCUGACGGAGCAGAGGCUCACAGUGCAGAGUUGAGAAUCUCGAACCACGCACCUCCCCUCCUUGCGACCCCCCCUCCCUCAGCCGUCCCAUCGCUCUCCCCACUAAUACCCUUGCAUGCGUUCUCAUGGCAAAAUGCACACCUGUCACAGUUCCCUUGGCAACCCAUUAAGAAGCGUAAACCCCUUUUUAAGACCGUAUCUGUGAUCCUCAGAAACAAGCAGCAAUCGCGUCCAGACGUCCUCUGCGUCCGUGUCACUUGAGCUCUGGCGUAGUGGAGACGUACAUGUCGUAGGUUUGUGUCGGUGUUCAGCCCUGCAGGACAUGACAUCCAUGUAGGCAGAGAUGACAGGAGUGGAGUCAGGAGCACAGCCACUGUCCUCUGCUUCGGGGGCGGAGUCAAGGGAGGCCACGCCCCCUACCUCCCUCCACAGCCUUGCUCAUUCUAGACAAAAAUGUCUCAGUCAUAGUUUUUCUCACAAUAAAGACAUAGACCUAUGUUUAUUAUGUUUUUGUUCACAAUUAUAUCAAUGCUAACUUUUAUGACAGCUGUUAAUGUCAACGAUUUAGGCCUGGAAAUACUAUUAUUACGGGAAAUAAUUAUUUUAAGCUAGAGGUAUCUUGUUUCCAGUCGAAAAUGUUUGCAGCCACAUCAUAACUUGGUACUACAGAAAAAUGUCAGAUAAAAAAGCCAUUUGGAAACUCACCU